CAGCCCCCGCGCCCCCCGCCGCUGGGCGGGGAGGGCGGCGGAGCGUUGUGAGCGCGGAUCCACCCCGCCGCCAUCUCGCGAGAAGAGCGGCGCUCCGCGGCCCGCCCCGCCCGGCGCCGGCAGCCGUGCGGGGUAUGGGGCUGUGCGGGCGGGCUUGGGCCCGCUGCGGGGGCCCGCGGCUCCCCGGGGGUCCGGGAGUUCUCUGGGCCCUGGCGUUGGGCCGGGCCUUUCCCCGGCCGUGCCGUACCGGCGGGUGGGAGACCCCGGGGACGGCUCGGUACGGCCUCUGGGCGGCGGCGGCGGCGGGCGGAGGGGUGCCGGCCCCGCGGGGGGUCCGCGGGCUGAGGAGCUCCAACCCCUUCACCCGCAGGCAGGAGGAGGAAUGGCGGCGCCGGAACCGGUCGGCGCUGGCCUACAUCGCCGCCGCCGCCGUGGGGAUGGUGGGCAUGUCCUACGCGGCCGUGCCGCUCUACCGCCUCUACUGCCAGGCCACGGGCCUGGGCGGAACGACGGGCGCGGGCCACAGCUCGGAGCAGAUCGAGAGCAUGGAGCCGGUGAGGGACCGGGUCAUCAGGGUCACUUUCAACGCGGACGUGCAUUCCAGCAUCCAGUGGAACUUCAAACCCCAGCAGAGCGAAAUCUACGUGGUACCAGGAGAGACUGCACUGGCAUUUUAUAAAGCAAAAAAUCCUACUGACAAACCAAUAAUUGGAAUCUCUACCUACAACGUAAUACCCUUUGAAGCAGGACAGUAUUUCAAUAAAAUACAAUGUUUCUGUUUUGAAGAACAGCGGCUAAAUCCUCAAGAGGAAGUGGACAUGCCUGUCUUUUUCUACAUUGAUCCAGAAUUUGCGGAGGACCCAAAAAUGGCUAAAGUUGACUUGAUCACUCUCUCUUACACCUUUUUUGAAGCAAAGGAAGGACAGAAGUUAGCACUUCCUGGAUAUCAGUAAUGGGCGGUCUCUGCACAAUCUGACUUCUGCUACCUGACUACCAGUUUUGAAACCAUUUUUCAGCAGAAGGAAAAACUGCAGGAGUACUGUGCAAUACAAAAUUAUAUCAUUAAACCACCAUGGGCACAUGCUGCUGUUACAAAAGGAUGUAUUUCUAUUUAAAAAAAAACCCCAAACCCAGAACUUAUGUAGUUGGAAUAUUAUUUCUUAGGGAUAGUAUUUUUUCAUCAGACAAUAGAAGGGAACAUGCUGCUCCUGGAAGGGAGAGGGUUUUCUCAAGCCAUCUUUUUGUAAGAUGAUACAUGUUAACUGAACACUGUGAGGCAAAUUUUUAAACCCAAGUGUAAACUGAGAUCUUCAUUUAAAUACAGAGGAAAAAAUCAGUUUAGUAAGCAUCUAAAAUUGCAUUGCUGGCUCUGAAGAAUAACUUCCAUGAAAGUUAUCUUUAUAAAAAGGUAAAAACAGGUAAUCAGUUCACAAAAUCUCAAAAGCUAAACAAAGUUAGACUGUAUUGCUAUGUAACCCUCACAUGGCACAGGGGGAUAUGAUGAUUCAGAAGAUGAUGCACCCUCUCGAAUUAUUACUGAAUCAGUAGUUUGUUUGGUAAGAGCAGACUGCUCUAAAACUGUUAUCAUUUGAAUGAGGAACAGUAAUUUAAAUGUAAGCACAUCAAAUGUGUGGUAUGGUUUCCAUUUUGAAAUACCGUAUUCAAAUUUUGAUGUUGUGUUCAACUCAUUUUAAAUAUCUGUACUGCUAAUGACUGCUCUUUCACUCUGAGAGGGCUGUACACCGGGCACCUCUACACAGAGACAAGCUCGGCACAUGUAUGAAAUGCUUUGAAGGGAAAGGCAGUACGUAAACAACUGCUCUGAAUUGCAGGCUAAAUCAAUAGCAAAGGAGUCUCCUCAAGAGCCAAAAGGAAAAUCAACUCCAUUCAGAGCUUAAGUCUGACAAAGCCUGCCCAGCAGCGCAGCAGUUGUUCAGAGGUACUGUUUACCAUCAGAACACGUAAGCCUGUAUUUAUGUAACCUUUGGUCAUUAUCUGUGGGGUAGGCAUAAUAACAUUUUAUCAUAGCUUUGCAAAUGAGCAGUGAGUUGCAGAGCAAGUUUAAGUAAGUGACCCACUCAUUUUCAGACAGGAAUUAAUCUCAGCCCAGUAUCUCAUCUGCUAGGCCAGUUCUUUCUACCCCUUUCAGCAGACGAGAUCUAACAAAGUAGACUAAUGUUGGUUUGUUUGGACUCUUAAAAAGGUAAUGGGUAUAUCAGAAAUAACUUCCAGUUACUUCAGUCUCAAUUGUGUUUGCAUACAAUAAUUUAAAAAGUGCUUUUUUGAAAAUAAGUGGGUGCUACCUUUAAAAUGCAUUACUGCACCAAUUAUAUGUGUUGUUUAAAUAGAUUCUGGAUGACAUGUCAGGUCUUCACUGUGUAUUUAUUAAAGUUUUAAAACUUUU